ACGCGAGGAAAGGAGAGGAGGCAGUUAGUAGUGAUCGAAGUUACUAGAGUACAAUUUGAUAAAACAGUGAAUCUUAUCGCUUUCAUUUCACAUUUAACUAACAAACUUGGACUGUCGGGCGGUAUUUGGCUGGUAUUCAGAAAAAAAAACCUAUGAAGAAAAGGAAAGUGGAAGAAAGAUCGUCCGAAACAAAACUGCCGAGACGAGAAGAGAGCAGCAGAGUAUUCAAGAUCUGAAAAUCGUAGUGCACCUGCCAAGAUCGACAAAUGGCCAUCCCAUUCAUAUUGCCGUCCGACGACGAAGCGGAGGUCCAGGGACAGGACCUGGAGCAACUGAUGCUCGCUCUGUACGCCGCUCUGCAACAGGUCCUCCGAAACAGGAACGACCAGCAUCCGUCACGAAAUCAUCGGUUGCCACGACGAAUGGGCGACGACCGGCAUCCAAUGGUUCUGGUGGACUCGGAUUUGGCUCGCAUGCCGCUGCCGGAUUUGGUGUUAUCUGCCGUGGAGCAACUUCCGCCCGCUGCACCCCAGGUGACCGUAUCUGCGCCCAGCAGCCCAACCAGGGACGCGACAUUCCAGUUUCCGGAAUCCAGCAAUGAUGUGAACGAUGUGGCACCAGUGCCAAACCCAAGGCCACGACCGCGAAGACGCAGACUUGCUUCAGAGGGUGGUAGCUCCGCGGCCGUGAAGAAGACAUCCGCUGUAAAGUCAAUUUGCAAGUGCUGCUGCGGCCACAUUGGACAGGCCUUCAACGGAAAUUACUGGGCGACCGUAGGCGCCAACCUCAGGAACAUCGCCGACGAUUUCCACGCAUCAAAGACCAAGGCCGCCGAGAUCGAGAAGUCUCGACUGAGCGCGAUGAACCCAAGCUUCGCAAACACGAACAACUCGAGCGAAUCCACCGACAGCUUCCUGUCGUUGCUUAUCCCAGCUCCUCUCCGCGAGACCUUGUGGACGACGGUGGCUCUGUAUCUCGGAUGGAGGUUGGUCUCUCGCCUUCGAUAGGCGCAACAGAAUUGUCGUUUCGUCGUCACGACGAACGACUACGACGCUUCGAGAACUCGAAGAACGAUUACCCAAGCUUGCAGCCACAUCAGGGACAGCCAGUACGACGUGUCGCUACUUGGUAAACCAGCAACUGUUCCUUCCUGGCCCGUUACACGCACCACGUGCGUCCGGAUACCAUCGUCCGGUAUCGAUCAUUCGAAGGUCGAAAGACCGAUAGGUAACCAGCAGGAAGGGCUCUGCUUGGACGAUUCCCGCUGGACGUCCUACCGAAAUAUCCAACGCGAUAUCUUGUACGAUUUAUUUUCUAUGUAUGCGUGUCUAUCGCCUUCCGCGGACGAGAAUGCACUAAUGCUAUGUCGCCGUCGUCCUAUCGAUGGUGAUGUUUCGAGCGAGGAUGAAUACUCGGAGGAUGAGGAGGACGAGGACGAGGAUGUCGAAGAAUUCGACGAGUACGGAGGUAUAGAUAGCGGUAUUGACGACGAGGAUGACGAGGACGACGAGGAUGGAGCUUGUCAACUCGUUACUUGUCAAGGAGUCAGAGUUAUCUGAAGCCAAGUACCAUUUCAUACUUCUCUGAUGUUUGUUGUUUGACGAUGAUUCGAUGUAAAAAGGAGACCGAUGUCGCGUACGUUCGAGUAACUCUGCCUCGACGACGAUCAAAGACUCGCAUCCGGAGUCUGUGUUCUUUUUGAUUUGUCUUUUUCUUUCUUUUUUUAAUGUUCCGCAUCGACAUCGGUCAAGCUCACGGUUACUUAGAGCUAUAGUUAGUAUCAUCUUGCUCGAGAGAGUUCAUCUUCCGCGUGAUCGUCGCGCGAUGGACUCGGGAUACAACAUCGACUCCCAGGUGCAUUCUCGCCCGCGGCAGCGAUCGACGUGUAUUAUCGAACACUGACUGUUCGUUCGAUCAUGCCGAUCGUUCGCCUUCAGAUUAUAUUGCAUGGUGGAAAGUUAAGAAGAUAAUAUAAAUAUAUACAUAUAUAUAUAUAUAUAUUGAUUAUUAUAUAUAUAUUAUCAUAUAUAUAUAUUGAUUAUUAUAUAUAUAUAUUAUAUAUAUAUAUAUAUUUCUCCCGGGUGAAUUUACAAAUAAUAUUCGAAUAGAACGAAUAGCGAAGGUGACGAUCGCAUUGUGACACUGGUCUUGGUGAGGGUGACGGGGAGCUAAGUACGAGAUCCAAAGAGGACUUAACCCAAUAAUCAAAUGCUGAUCUCAUUACGGAUAUAAAAUAAAAAAAAUUAAAUAAAGUAGUGUGAUCACGGGAACGGAACAGAGUAGACAUGGACAUUUUCGUUUCUCCGUACAAUCUCACUUUGCUCUUCUCCGUCUGUGUUUUUUUUUCUUUUUCUUAUUAUGCAUUUGCUUAAUUUCUCGUACUCGUAAGACAUUUCUCUGUUCCGUUCCCGUCGGUAGGAAGUAUUUUGACGUGGCUUGUAGAUAACGUGGUUACCUAGCCGAUACAGGCAAGGCAGAACUCUAUCUGAGAUAUCAUGAUACCGCGCCAUGUCGUUCCGCGGGCGAUCGACGAUCCUCGAGGAGAAAAAGAUGGCAAAAAGAUAGAGAAGUCUGCCAAGACACAUUUGUCGACAAUUUGAUUCAGAUGAUUUAAAGUAUUCGGAAUUGAUCGAUUCAAGGGUCGAUUAAUUACGAUUUUUGAAGAAAAACGGCCGUGGAUUAAGAUCGAUAUCGCUGGACGUUCAUGGCGAUGGUCGAAUCAUCUGUACAUAGAAAGAUUUUCAAGGGGAGCUUCUCUCUCUCUUUCUCUCUAACUCUCUCUCUCAGUAUAUUCCAAAAGUAAAAGAACAAAAAAAAAAAAA